CACCUCAACUAGUAGCCAUAGAUACAAAUGUCAACACUACCCCCCAACCCUCGAGGAGACAUGUCGAGGUCAACAUCAGUAAACAACAUGGCAGUCGCCCAACCUGUCAAGUCGAAGGCAGCUUCGAAAGCCAGCAACAAUGCAUCCCAAAAAUCAAAGGCACAGAUGCACCGCCGUUCAAGGACAGGCUGCUAUACUUGCAGAUUACGGCGAAAGAAGUGCGACGAGGGCACUCCCACGUGCACAGCAUGCAAACAUCUUGGACUUUCUUGCGAAUACAAGCGACCGAUGUGGUGGGGCAACAAUGAAGCGAGAAGACAACACAAGGACGACAUCAAGAUGAUCAUCAAGCGCAAGAAGCUCACAGAGAAGUCCUCUCACACCAUCUCGACCUCCGUAGGCUCCAUUGGCUCACCACCGGGUCUUUCCCAUUCUCUGCCUACCUCUGCAACUUUCUCCGAUCCACUUGAUCGUACCAGAUCUGCCUCUAUUGAUUCACAAUUCGCCUUCAACUUCAACAGCUCCCCAAACGUUCCGGACUAUGGCGCAUACAACCCCCAGAUUCACCACACUCACCCAGACUACAUGUUCACCAUGUCGCCAUAUGAAAUCGAUGUCAAGACAGCGGCAAAUUCGACAAUCUCUACCUUCAGCACUUACCACACCCCGCCGCCACCCGGUACUGUUCUGUCUUCGUACCCCUUCGAGGGCGAGUGGACUGAACAAGUUUACUCGGAAAGGCGCGAGUCGUUGAGUGAGGAGAGCCUAAACACUCACUUCUUCGACUUUGCACAUGGACCGGCUACGACAUCGAGACAAGUGGACAUUGAGCUAGAAGAGAGUGAUCAGCGCCUACUGGACCACUUCAUCCAAUAUGUGCUGCCGACCAUCUUUCCCAUUCUCGAGUCCAACCAACAUGGAUCCGUCGGCUCGGAUCUAAUUCUCCCUGCUUUGCAGAAUAACAAGGGCUACCUUCACUGCUGCUUGAUGGUUGCUGCUCAGCACUACAAGGCAACAAUGAACGUCCAGUCUGACGAGAUUGACAACGACAUCAUGCGACAUCGGCAUGCGACAAUCUUGGCUCUUUGCGAUGCACUGAAUCGCGACGAGAACCACCAGCAGAUUCUAGAGGCAACUCUGGGGCUUAUCUUCUUCCAAAGCUGCGUUGGACGCUAUGACGACUCGCUUCCUGACAUUCCAUGGCACCAGCACUUCCAAGCCGUGAACUCUCUGGUUACCAAGCUUGACCUUCCUCGUCUAGUUUCCGAGUCUUCGGGGCAGCUUUCCCAGACGCCGUUCAACAUGACUCUCACCGCUUGGAUUGACAUUCUAGGAGCUACGAUGCAAGGUCACGCACCCGUCUUCGCUCACACGUACAGGGAGAAGAUGAUGUCUAGCGCCAAUACCUCGCUUGGUCUGCGCGAGUUGAUGGGCUGCGACGACCGCAUCAUGUACCUGAUCUCAGAGAUUGCUUGUCUGGAAGCACUCAGAAACGAAGGGAUGGACGACAUCACCCUUUGUCACCACAUCCAUGCUCUGGGAGACCAGAUUGGUCUAACUGAGAUGGGCGAAACUGGCCCCAAGAUGCCUUUUAAUGCUAACGGCUCUCUAAGCCCCAAGCAACUAAGCCGCAACAUCACCAGCGCAUUCCGUCUGGCAGCCCGUAUCUACCUUUGCAGCUUGAUUCCUGGCUUCUCGCCCAGCCAAGCUAGCUGUAUCGGUCUCGUGGAGAAAUUGACAAACGUGCUGCACCACAUCCCGUCUGGCCCUGGCGGCUUCGACCGUAGUCUUGCCUGGGUUUACCUGAUGGGCGGAUCUGUCAGCGGCGCCUCAUCUUCCUUCCGCCAAUUCUUCCACGAUCGUAUUACUCAACUCGGUGAUGCUUCAAACUACGGUAGCUUCGGCGGUGUUGUUUCCAUCCUUCAGGACGUCUGGCAACAAGCCGACAGCUUCCAGCCGAGCCCCGGUGUUUCGGGAUCAACAGAGAUCCCAUACAUCUCCUGGAGAGAUACGAUGCGGAUGAGAGGUUGGGACUAUUUGUUGAUCUAG